AUGUCGACUACACCAAACGUCACGCAGAAGCCGCCGCAGCAGGUAUGCGACAACUGUCGCUUCCGGAAAAUGAAGUGCGAUCGCGGUCUGCCGUGUAGCAACUGCGUCGUCUCUUCCAUUCCUUGCCGAUACUUGCACACGCUCCGGCGCAAAGGGCCAAGGGGAGGCAAAGGCCGUCGACUGUCUCAAAUCAGGCAGGGCCUCACAGAACCUGACAAGAACCACUUCGAGGUCAGCACGCCGAGCACACAGAUCCAGUUCAACGCCUUGGAAGAUUCAACUCGAAACCGCCCUGUCAGCCAGCAAAACCCCCUUCUGGCCCUUGCAACAGCGUCUGGCACGGCGACGGAACAUGACAAGCAGAGGCUGUCGGUGGCCUUGGCGGCUCAUGUGCAGGUGUUUAUGAAGCACCUGUUUCCCAUUAUGCCCGUCGUCAACGACAGGGAGCUGCUGACCGACUCGCUGCGCUUGGAUGAGCUCUCUCCAUCACGGUAUGCCUUUCUCCUGUCUCUCUGUGCUGCGACGCGGAUCCAGUUGAAGCUGGACAAUGCCGAAGAGUACGAUGAGACAUCAGUCGGCAUCAACACGUCGCUAGACUCGCCCCUUACGGGUGAGGCUCUGCUCACCGCUGCUGAGCAGGCCCGGCUGCAGUUCAACGUGGUCGAUGACCUCAGCCUGGACACGCUGCUGACAUCCUUUUUCCUCUUUGCGGGCUAUGGAAACCUGGAGAAGCAUACCCAUGCUUGGUUUUACCUGAACCAGGCCAUUUCAUUGGCUCUGUCAAUAGGCUUACACAGUGAGUCGGCCUACAGCAACCUGGAAGAAAGCGAACGGGAAAUCAGACGGCGGAUAUUCUGGUUAUUGUUUGUGACCGAAAGAACAUAUGCUCUGCAGCACAGGCGGCCGGUGAUGCUGCGCAACACCAUCUCAAAGCCGCAGAUUGUCGACUCAGACUGCCCUAUUGUCAUGCACGAUUUCGUAAACCACGUCCGCCUAUUCGAACUACUGCCCUGUUCUCUGUAUGAGUGGCAGCCUCACACCGAUGGAUGCCAGCCUCAAGGUGUCGCUCUCAGCCAUGCCAUCAGCAAUAAACUCUCCGCCGUGCAGCCCGCAGAAUCGGUAAUGGAGAGCCAGAGAUUCGACACGCUUGUCACGCAACAGUGGCUUCGUGUGUCGAUGUGGCGGCUCGCGUUUGGUACCAAGCCGAACCUCGUGUAUGGACAGGGUCUCAUGCCCGCUCUUGGCUUGCCGUUUGAGGCUGGAAAAUCCAUCAUGAAGGCCCUGGGAUCUGUGAGCCAGAGCUCAAAGGACUGCCACGGAAUCGCAAUUGAACAAAAACUGUUCGACAUUGGAAUGAGUCUGGCGGACGCAUCCAUGUCUGCUUCUCCCAUGCCCUCUUUCGAAUUCGGGCCACAGGACGUUCUCUGUUCUGUUGUCAAGUUCCUGGCCCGUAUUCGCGGGUGUCAAUCUAAUCUGCUACCCAAGCUUCUAAAGCACUCGGAGAUGAUUCUCGGCUUCUCAAAUCCCAUUGCCAGCAUCGACAUCCACUGGCCGGCAUUGCUUGAGGAGCCCUCAGGAGGAGUGGCGGAGAACGUGGGCGACCUAGCUGCUCAGGGAGAAGAAUCAUCCAGCAGCACGGGCAGCUGGCAGGAUACCUGCGAUCUGACGAUGCUGGAACCUGGUGCGGCAUCGUUUAUGGCGUUGUCAUGCGAAGAGCCGCCGUUUGACGCGGAUCAAGUGCACUUGCCGGGGCAAGUAGAAAUUGCAUAA